CGUGGUCCGAUGAUAGACAGAUGGAAAGAAGCUUUCGAAAGGAUAGUGAACAGGAUGAAGAAUGGAUUCGAGAGCGGAAAUGGAGUCAGAGGCGAUCUCAUGAAAAAGGCAGUGGAAAUCUUUGAAAAAUUGAAAAAUCUGAAAGUUGAAAUUAGUGAUAAAAUCAAAAGCAUCUUUGAAGAUAUGAAGAAGAAGAUGGGUAGAAACGGACCAAAGUUAAAUGACGUGAGGCUUUCCAACUUCUUCGGCCAACUUGAGCGACUGAAAGAAUUAAUCAAUGAAGAACUUGAUUACGAGAAACUUAUAGAAAAAGUUCAAGAAUUGUUUGGAAGAGGAAGCGAAGUAAGUUUCUUUAAACAAUUCUAUUGAUACAUCUUAAUACCAUCUUUC